CGGAGUGCGAGGGCGCAAACCAUUCCCCUCCCCCUUCUAGAUGGAGAGAUAGAGAAGAAAAGAUAAGCUCAGCUCAGCUCGCAAGCAAGAGGUGGAGAUGCGGAGCCCACGAGGAGGAGGGCGCGCCCAUGAGCACGUCGACCUGAUCCCGGGCAUCCCCGACGACGUCGCCGUCGACUGCCUGGCGCGCGUGCCCCACGCGUCCCACCGCGCGCUGCGCCGUGUCUGCCGCGGCUGGCGGAGCGCCGCCGCCGCGCCGGCCUUCGCCGCGGCGCGCGCCGCCGCGGGUGCCAACGAGGACCUCGUCUACAUGCUGCAGUUCGGGAACCCCUCCGCCGCCGCCGACGCCGACGACGGCGGGCCCAAGGACUGCGGCGCGCCGCCCAGCGCGCCCGCCUACGGCGUCGCUGUCUACAACGUGACCACGGGCGAGUGGCUCCGGGAGCGCGGCGCGCCCCCCGUGCUGCCCGUGUUCGCGCAGUGCGCCGCGGUGGGCACCCGCGUCGCGGUGCUCGGGGGCUGGGACCCGCGCACCUUCGAGCCCGUCGCCGACGUGCACGUCCUCGACGCCGCCAAGGGCGCGUGGCGCCGCGCCGCGCCGAUGCGCUCGGCGCGGUCCUUCUUCGCCUGCGCCGAGGCCGGCGGUAAGAUCUACGUCGCCGGCGGGCACGACAAGCACAAGAACGCGCUCAAGACGGCCGAGGCCUACGACGCCGUUGCCGACGCCUGGGACCCGCUCCCGGACAUGUCGGAGGAGCGCGACGAGUGCGACGGCAUGGCCACCGUGGCCGGGGACCGCUUCCUCGCCGUCAGCGGGUACCGCACGGCGCGGCAGGGCGGGUUCGAGCGCGACGCCGAGUGGUUCGACCCGGCGGCCCGGGAGUGGCGGCGGCUGGAGCGCGUCCGGGCGCCGCCCUCCGCGGCGCACGUCGUCGUCCGGGGGCGCGUCUGGUGCAUCGAGGGCAACGCCGUGAUGGAGUGGAUCAGCCCCCGCCGCGGCUGGCGCGAGGUCGGGCCCUACCCGCCCGGGCUCAAGGCCGGCACGGCGCGCGCCGUCUGCGUCGGCGGCGGCGAGAAGGUGGUCGUCACGGGGGCCCUCGACGGGGAGGGCGGCGGCGGCGGGCGGCACGCGCUCUGGGUGUUCGAGGUCAAGACCAAGAACUGGACCCUGGUGCGCCCGCCGCCGGAGUUCGCCGGCUUCGUCUUCUCCGUCGCGUCCGUCCGCAUCUGAAGAUCUGGAUCUCGGCCCCCCAGCCCCGAUCCGCCCCCAUCGACCAAGAAAAGAAACAGAAGAAACCAACGCUACUACCUACUAGUACGUGUGUGUCCGUGCACCGUGCCCACCAUUGCUGGAUGCCUGGAUCUGAGAUCUGCGCGUCCGCCAUGGAUCGAAGGAGUAGAAGGAAGGAAGGAGAGGCCCCGAGGAUCGACGCCAGAUCCACGGAUCGAGCCGUGGGUGCAAGAAAAAGCCAGAAAAAGAUCCCUCCUUUGUCGCCGGUGGUGAGUGUUCCCGAUGAGAUGAGAGAUUUUGGUGUGGUGUUUUUGUCCCGAGGUGAAGGACGCAGACUUUUUUCUUGCUGUUCUUGUCCUACAGCCAUAUGCUUUGCUAGCCCGAGUAAUAACAUCUACUGUACAUACUACUACUACUUGUACUACCACCACUGCUUUUGUAAGAUCCAAGCUCGCCUCUUGUGAUCC